AUGGAUACCACUGCAUACGACGACAAGACCGACGUCCGUCGCGACGUCGAGCCUCAGAUCUUUCAAGAUGAGAACCCAGAGAAGCCUAUCCCCAAGGUCGAAAAGGUUGAUUACUCUGGUGCUCACGAGAAGACGGAUCCCAAGGAGAUUGCUCUCGUGAAAAAGCUUGACCGAUGGAUGAUGCCCAUGCUUUGGAGCAUGUACUGGCUCAACUAUCUGGACCGAAAUGCCAUUGCCCUGGCUCGUCUCAAUGAUCUCGAGAAAGAUCUCAACCUCAAGGGCACAGAAUACCAAACCUGUGUUUCCAUCCUGUUCGUCGGCUACAUCCUCGCCCAGAUCCCUUCCAACAUGUUCCUCACCCGAACACGCCCCAGCCGCUACAUGGGCGUCAUGAUGAUGCUCUGGGCCGUCGUCAGCGCUCUCACCGCCGUGGCCAAGGACUUCAAGGGCCUCCUCCUCACCCGCUUCUUCCUCGGUCUCACUGAAGCCCCGUACUACCCCGGCGCCGUCUACCUCCUCUCCAUCUUCUACACCCGCAAGGAGGUCGCCACACGCAUCGCCAUCCUCUACACCGGCAACAUCCUAGCCACCGCCUUCGCUGGUCUCAUCGCCGCGGGCAUCUUCUACGGAAUGGACGACCUGGCUGGAAUCGCUGGUUGGAAGUGGCUCUUCAUCCUGCAGGGCGCCGUCACAUUCGUCAUUGCCGUCGUCGGUUACUUUGUGCUGCCUGAUUUCCCGCAGACCACCUGGUGGCUGACGCAGGAGGAGCGUGACCUUGCGUACAACCGCAUGGAGCUCGACACCGUCGCUAACAAGGGUGAGACCUCUACCUGGAAGGGUCUGCAGCAGGCCGCUAAGGAUCCCAUGGUCUGGAUUUUCUGCUUCAUGGCUCAUUUUCAUCUCGCCGCAAAUGGUUUCAAGAACUUCUUCCCCACCGUCGUCAAGACCCUCGGCUUCAACACCACCAUCACCCUGGUCCUCACCUGCCCACCUUACCUAAUCGCCGGCGCCAGCACCAUUCUCGUCUCGUAUUCUUCCGGAAAAUUCAAUGAGAGGACGUGGCACAUUACUGCAUCCAAGGCCGUCGCCGUGAUUGGCUUCGCCGCAGCCGCCGCCACCCUCAACACCGCCGGACGAUACGUGUGCAUGGUUAUCUUUACUAUUGGCACAUACGCCGUGAACAGUCUGAUUCUCGGUUGGUGUGGCUCCGUCUGUGGCCAGACCAAGGAGAAGAAGGCCGUGGCUAUUAGCAUGGUGACUAUGAUCAUGAACAUCAGCUUCAUCUGGACGCCCUACCUCUGGCCCUCUAGCGACGAGCCCCGCUACGCUAUUGCCAUGUCCAGCAGUGCUGCUUUCAGUAUCGCUACCGCUGUGCUCGCUUGGGUGGCCAAGGUUAUCAUGAUGAGGCGAAACCGCAAGCUCCGCAGCCAGGAGAGUGAGGCUACCGUCUUUUACGUGUACUAA